AAUGAUACGAAGGUUAGGGAACAAGCCAUUCAAUUUCGAAAGACUAUCAAUGAACAACGAACUUUGGAAAGAACAUGUAUGAAUAAUGACGGAGUUGAUAAUAAGCAAGUUUCAGUUCAGAUGGAAGAUCAAUCAUAUAAUCAAAUUCGUGUUCUAGAGGAAGGAGGUGUGAAAUAUCUUGAGAUUAAACUUAGCGAUAAGCAUAAUCACGUGAUGCUCUGUGAUAUUGAAGAUUACAAACUUGUGAUCUCACGUAAAUGGUAUGCAAAGAGCGAAGUCAAGAGUAAAUAUAGAUGUUAUCGUUGUGUAGAUGGAGAUUCUGUGGCAUUUCAUCGUCUACUAUAUCCUCAAUGGGCAGUGAUCAGUCACAUUAAUAAAAACCGAUUGGAUAAUCGACGGUUCAAUUUAUGUAAUGGUCGUAUUCAUGUAAAGACAUAUAGUAAUAAUAAAUCUGGUUAUAAUGGAGUGUGCUUUGAUCGAUCAAAGCAAAGGUGGAUAGUUACAUGGUAUAAAGAUUGUAAAAGUAAAGUUAGAUACUUUCCUGGUACCGAGAGUGACGAAGAAUCAAAAAAUGAAGCAAUUCAAUUUAGGAAAUCAAUUGAUGCCCAGCGAAUUCAAAAUACAAUGUUCGAAGUUGACGACUUAGAGGAAGGUGAAAUUUACAAUUCGAAUAAUGAUACCAACAAAGGUUUUAAUGAUUAUGGUUACAUUCAAGAAGAUGAAGAUGAGAUUUCGAAUUUCAUGGAAUUAGAGGAGGAUGACGUUGGUAUUGAUCACGAAGAUUAUAUCGAUCCAGAAGAGGGUUUGAAUAUCGAAUUAGUACCAGUAAAUACUUCAGAACACGUGAAUAACAAGGAGUAUGAUAUAGAAGAGAUGUUCGAUUUUGAGAAGUUUAAUGAUGAUCAAUUUAACGAACAAA